UGUACUUUCUCCUCUCAGUUUGACCUAAGUCCAGCAAAUGCUAGCACCAUUCAAAGUCCAAAUUUGUGUUUUGCUCUGUUUGAAAAUGUUUCCUUUCACCAUCCAAGGUUGCCUAAGGAAACAAUGACAGUGACGGUGGUGUAUGAUAACUCUGAGGUAACAGAGCUCUCUGCAACUCAGCACCUUUACCUCAAGCCCAUAGCAAAAUUGAUGAUCAAUGUAUUGCUCCCAGAGAGUAUAGAACCUAUGAGGCCUUUCUCCAACUGGGAAGUUCUUAACCAGCUGAAGAGCCUGAUUUGCCCUGAUCACUUCACCACAGUUUGACUCUCCAAGAGUACGAAGGACUUCAUCCAGUUCGAGGGGGAGGCUGAAACGCAAAGUUUGGUUCAGAUCCUAAAGGCAAAAUUACAUGGGAAGAUCAUCAAACUAAAUGGGUUGAAAACAGACUUAAAAGUAAUUACUGCAGAUGCUCAGGGAGAGUGGGAGCACUUCCCCAAGGAACAGGAGGCCUCAUCUAGUCACCGGGCUCAUGAGUUGGACCACAAUCAGAGCCUGGAUUCCAUACAUUUCGAAGGCUUGCCCUGCAAGUGGUUUGCACCUAAAGGUUCCAGUGGGGAGAAGACAUGUGAAGAGACCCUUUGGGUGGUCUUUGAAAGUUUUGGGAAGAUCAAGAAUGUGGAUAUCCCUAUGCUUGACCCCUACAGAGAGGUAAUGACUGAUGAAAGCUCUGGGGGUUUUAGCUUCGGCUUGCAGACAUUUGAGGCCUUUAUACAGUACCAGGAGUCAACUGAGUUCAGAAAAGCCAUGGAGUCCCUUCGAGGGAUGAAGCUGAUGCUUAAAGGGGAUGAUGGGAAAGCUCUGGCAUGUAAAAUUAAGGUUAUGUUUGAUACAACCAAAUACAUCAGCAAAGGAGCUGUAAGGAGGAGAAAUCAAGAAAGGCUAAAAUUACAAGAGCUGGAGGAAGAAAGGAAAAAAAAGAAGAGAGAAGAGAAAGAGGCUGAAAGAAAAAGAAAGGAGGAGGAGAGGAAAGCCCAGGAAAAGAGGAAGAAGGCCAGGGUCAGGAGGUGAGCCCUGAAGGAAAGGGACAGACACCAGCAAAGGAAGCAGGACAGAGCCAAAGCUGAGGUGCCUCAGGAGCCCAGCUCUUCGGAGGAGUGGGAGGAGCGGAAGUUCCUACUGGCUCAGAGGCGAGUGGAGGGCAGUUGGUUGCUACUGGUGCUCCUGAAGAAAACUGCUGAAUACACACAGUUUAAACCACAAGAAGUAGAAGUCACCGGCUCUGAAGCUAAUCACGAGCCAAGUCACCCAACAAGUACAUGUCAGUGGCAGAGGUCUGUCCAUGCUAAGGGAAAUGGAUUUCAAAUCAAUUUGAGAAAGUGCAAAUAUGAGGCAACCAGGUUGAGCCAAAUGCAAAACCUGCAAAGAAGAGAACAGGUUCAAGAAGAUGCUUACUGGGCAAAGAGUCAUACUCGGGAUCCUGUGCAAAAACCACAAAAUAGAGCCAGUGGAGCUGAUGAUCAGCUGACCCCAAUUGAUGGAAAGGACUGUCUGUUGGAAAAGACCCAUGCUUACCAGGUCAAAGAUUCCAAAUCCAGAAGUCAAAGCCAAUUUUCCUCAUAUAAAAGGUCAGUAGAGUUGGAGUUGAAAGAUUUUUUUGAGGAUAUUAGUAGUGAUUCUGAAUGCUUCAGUGAAACCCUUACUGUAAACAAAGAAGAGAAAGAGAAAUCUGUGACCACAUAUGAAAGUGCACCAGAAAGAAGAUCUCUUAGUGCUGAUAGAGUCAUCACUUACAAUCAAGAAAUUAGAUCAAGUCAGCCGACCUUAUAUUCAAAGUGGAAACAUUUUGGGGAGGAGAAACACUCUAACUACCAGCUUAGGAAACCAGGCAACAGGCUCAAGUAUGAACAGAGAUGUUCAUGGCCUGAGGGUGAAAACAAUUCCAUGAGAGCUGAGAAUAGCAACAGCAUAAAGGAGAAAAGGCUAGCCCCCAAAUACUUGUUUGAUCAGGGCAACUACUAUAAGUCCAGUUCCAGUGACCUAUUAGACAAUAUCACAAGAAAGAGGAGGAGGUUUAGUAAUAAUACAUUUUACCAGAAAGUGAACUACAGGCCCUUUCAUGUUCCAGCAACAUCAUUAAAAUGUCCUAAUACUUUCUACUGGAGGUGUUUUCCCCAAAGAAGACAGACUUGGUGGAAGUCAGAACAUAACCAGGAUGCAAAAAGGUUCAGAAGAUACGAGAAUUCUACAGAUUUCAGGCUGACUUCUGGUAAUUAUCACAUUAGACCUAACAGUCAGGAGCACACUGACUACAGAAGCUAUUUAGGAAACAACACUAGUUCUUUAUAUUUUUAAAUGUUUUGAAGGUCU